GUUAAAAAAAAUAAAAAAUACACGCUGACAGGCGCUGGGGGAGCUGGCUGGCUGCAAGAGCUCCUCCAUAUGCAGCAAGCACUUUCCUGAUCACCUAGAGCACUCUGCUCUACAUCUCCUCCACUCCAUGAUCUGCUUCUUCCCUCGAUCACACUCACUCCUAUGAUUCAUCCUGUGAUUGGAUUUAUACCUAUACAUGAUCACACACAUCACAGAGUGAUCUCUGGCUGGUGGGCUCACCAGAGGGGAGGGGUGGAGGAAGAAGACUUUUAUUUCCUUGCAUGAGUGAGGAGAGCUGCAAGAAGCCACAGCUGAGGGAGCAUAAGAGCAGGAGCCCCCUCCCUCUCUCACCCUGAUCCCUCUGUAGAAGUCAGUCAGUCCCGGUGAUUCUCACUCAGACCUGCAAUGUCUUAUCCUCAGGGUUACCUCUACCAGCCGCCUGGCUCCUUGGCUCUAUAUUCCUGCCCGGCUUAUGGGGCCUCAGCGCUGGCCGCCCCCAGGAGCGAGGAGCUGGCCAGGUCUUCGUCCGGCUCCGCCUUCAGCCCUUACCCGGGAUCGGCUGCCUUCAGCGCCCAGGCGGCCACAGGCUUCAGCAGCCCAUUGCAGUACUCCAGCGACCCGGCCGGAUUCACGUCUUAUAUGGGCUCUCCUUAUGAUGCACACACGACUGGUAUGACAGGAGCAAUCAGCUACCAUCCAUAUGGCAGCCCAGCUUAUCCGUACCAAUUAAAUGACCCAGCUUAUAGGAAAAAUGCUACUAGGGACGCUACAGCCACGUUGAAGGCCUGGUUGCAGGAGCAUAGAAAGAACCCAUACCCCACCAAGGGCGAGAAAAUCAUGCUGGCCAUUAUCACCAAGAUGACCCUCACCCAGGUCUCCACCUGGUUUGCCAACGCCAGGAGGAGACUAAAGAAAGAGAACAAGAUGACCUGGGCGCCUCGAAAUAAAAGCGAGGACGAGGACGAAGACGAUGGAGAUGGGGAAAGGGGCAAAGAUGUACAUGCUGAUAAGAUCCAAGACAGCAAUGAGACAUCAGCAGAGGAUGAAGGCAUUAGCUUGCACGUAGACUCUCUGACAGAUCAUUCUUGCUCUGCCGAAUCUGAUGGGGAGAAGUUGCCUUGUAGAGCUGGGGACCAUCUUUGUGAGUCAGGCACUGAAUCUAAGGGCAAAUAUGAGGAUGAAGACGACGAUGAAGACAUUGAUGAGGAAGACAGAAUUGUUCCUGCAAAGCCUGUCACUUCAUCGCCUCUCAGUGGCAUAGAGGCACCUGUGCUUAAUCACCAAAAUGAGGGCAGCCUCAGAACCUCCAACAAAUCCACUUUGGACAAUAGGAUUUCUCCCAGUUCUCAGACACCAGCUAGCAAACCCAAACUAUGGUCACUUGCAGAAAUAGCCACAUCAGACAUUAAACAUCAGAACAUGAGCCAGAGCUGUCAGUUGUCAGCUGUGUCCUCUGCCACCUCGUCAUCUGCAUCUCACAGCUCUGCUUAUCCUUCAUCUUCAAUUUUGGGAAGGCAUAUAUACUACACGUCACCUUUUUAUAGCAACUAUACGAACUAUGGGAAUUUCAAUGCUCUCCAAAGCCAAGGAAUCCUAAGAUAUAACUCAACAUCAGUGACCUCCAAUGAGAGUCUAAGUCAAGCGGUUUUAAACAGUAACUCUCUGCACAAACAUACUACUGACUCUAUAAAGACUCCCAGCAGUCAGUUAGAUCAACACUACAGGUCAUCUAGCUAUGAAUCUAAAAAAGAUCCCACUGAAGUCUGCACAGUAGGAGCACAACCAUACCUAUAGAUGUGCAAUCAGACAGCCAUGGAAGUAGGUGUCACAAUUGCUUUGAAAAAAGGGAGCAAGCCAUCAUCUCUCCCCGAGUAUUACGUAUCUAAAUCCGGAUAACAUCUUGUGCCACUGUAUAAAAGAAGACACAAAGAGCACUAUUUAAUCUACAGACUUUUUUUUUUUUUUUUUUUUAAACAGCAAUGGAGAGGUCCCUUGGACAUAUGUGAAAUUAUUGGUAUAGUAUAGUUGCCCUAAUGUAUAUUGUGACUUUUUGCAAAGAAUCUGUUUUUUCUCAGGAUAUCUUGAUCACUUCAUUGCCACGAUAUAUAUUCUAUAAGUGUGAUAGAAUUUAAUGUUAAGAAUGGACAGAAAGAAGAAUACAAAUCUAUUAACUAAAAGAUCCAAGAAUAGAGACAAUGCUUCUGAUUGAUGAACUGGAGUACUUAAUAUGUGGGAUAAAGCAAAACAAAAAGAUUUGAUAUUUAUUUUUGUAAUGAUAUGAAAAAAAUGCUUCUAGUAAUUUAUGCAAGUUGUAUUGCAAUGAAAUUUAAAACCUUUUUUGUAAAUAAA